CCAGUAGCUUCCCCUCAAAAUAAAACAGCUGCCCGGCAUCUCAACACAGCAAGAAAGCACCCAACCCAGCCGAGAGGAUAGGGAGACUGGUACCCAGCAAAAAUGUCCGACAAAACCCCCUUCGAAACAGAUAUGCUGACACUCACGCGGUUUGUCAUGGAAAAGGGACGGCGAGUCAAAGGAGCCACCGGGGAGCUGACACAGCUGCUCAACUCCAUGCUGACUGCCAUAAAGGCCAUUUCCUCUGCAGUCAGAAAGGCGGGCCUUGCCCACAUGUUUGGCAUAGCUGGCACCGUGAACGUGACGGGUGACGAAGUGAAGAAGCUGGAUGUCCUCUCCAACGCCCUGGUGAUUAACAUGCUGCAGUCCUCCUACAGCACCUGCGUCCUGGUCUCGGAGGAGGACAAGGAGGCGCUCAUCACGCCGAAGGACAAGCGGGGUAAAUACGUGGUAUGCUUCGACCCCCUUGACGGCUCAUCCAAUAUAGACUGCUUGGCACCAAUAGGAACCAUAUUCGCUAUCUACAAAAAGGAAACAGAUGACGAGCCCUCUGAAAAAGAUGCUUUGCAGCCCGGACGCAAUAUUGUUGCUGCAGGCUAUGCCUUGUAUGGCAGCGCUACGCUGGUCGCCCUCUCCACAGGGCAAGGAGUGGACUGCUUCAUGCUUGAUCCGGGUCUUGGUGAGUUUAUUUUGGUGGAUAGAGAUGUUAAAAUCAAGAAGAAAGGGAAGGUUUACAGUCUCAAUGAAGGUUAUGCAAAGUAUUUUGAUCCUGCAAUGACAGAAUACUUACAAAAGAAGAAAUUCCCUGAGGAUGGCAGUUCCCCAUAUGGUGCCAGGUACGUGGGCUCCAUGGUUGCUGAUGUUCACCGUACACUGAUGUAUGGUGGGAUCUUCAUGUAUCCUGCUAAUCAGAAGAGUCCCAAAGGAAAGCUCCGACUUCUCUACGAGUGCAACCCUAUGGCUUUCAUCAUCGAGCAGGCAGGUGGGAUGGCGACUACUGGGACUGAGGCGGUGCUGGAUGUGAAACCUGAGGGCAUUCACCAGAGGGUUCCUCUCAUUCUCGGUUCUCCAGACGACGUGAAAGAGUACCUCUCUUGUGUACAGAAACACCAGAAGAGCAGCUAAAAGCUUUUCUACUUCAGACCUUGCUCAUCUGUCUCAUAAGUGUACAGUGUCAUCUCAUAAAUAUACAGUAAAAACAGUACCUUUCAGGAUGGUGGAGUCUAGCAUUUUAACACCCACCUCAGUGAAAAUCCCACUUAAUGAGGGCAAGAGAAAUAGUGAGAAUGGCUGAUGGGUAAAACAAAAGUUUAAUUUCUCCUUGCAGACAAAUGUAAAAAUCCUCAAACUCUGAUUUAUGUGAUGCAAAUGUAGAAACAGAGGCCUAAUUAGUAAACAGAAGCUACUUACUUUACAUAGUACUAACAGAAAGAAGGGGAUGGUAUCAGUACCUCUAUCUACAUUUUGGCAUUGUUUGAGAUAGGAUUUUCAUAUAAACCUUUGCAAUGCCACUAUCUGGAUUUUCUUUUCUUCAGAGGUUUUGCUGCAGGUGCUUUUUAUCUUGUCAACCCUGAGAAGACCAAAAGUCUUGUGCUGUGUAAUUAAUAAAGAUGAAAAAGCAG